AUGCAAAGAACCUCUCGCCGCUCGUACGGGCGUAGAGGAUGGGAUGUCCGCCGUCCAAAUUCACCUCUGAAUAUCUGGUCCAGCUCCGUGGCCCCUUAUAUACCUGUUGUAUUGGGUGGAGCAGUCGUCGUUGUGUUUGGAGGAUUCGUGUGGUGGAAAGUGAGCCGUUGGUCCAAAGACGCGAAGGCGUACUACGAACAGAAGAAAGAUAUUGUCACAGAGAAAAUGUCGGCUGCCUUGGAAUCUUACUCUGUGAAGAAAGAUGCGUUGGCGGAAAAGGCUUCUGCUACGAGGGCGUCUUACGCAGACAGGAAGAAAAUGGUGACGGAAAGGCUAUCUGAUGUCCGAAAUAUCGCGCGUGAGCGCAUUGGCGACGCUCGAGAACGUCUCAACGGCGCAUCUCCCCAGUCUCGCGAAGCUCUUCAGGAACACAUGGAUGCAAACGAGCCGAAUUCUACCGCGAGUGAUGAUCAAAGCAUCGAGAGCAUACAUCUGGCUGACGGAGAAAAGAAGUCCCGGAUGGCAGGCGCACGGGAGUGGAUGAGAACGCGCAGGAGUUCUUGA